AUGUCUGAUCGGGAAAGAAAUAUUUCUUCUGGCCCGCUUAAGAGCAGGUCUUUAAGCAGUUAUUUAUCGAAUGUUGGCGCUAGAAAAAUAGAGCUUAAAAACAUUGCGAAAAGAGAAAAGGAAAACAAGGCUAUUUCCGAAGAUAUUAUAACCGCCUCUGCGGCUCAAUGUCCCGAAGAUGGACGUUAUGGUACAGCAGUUUCUUUGGAAGAUACAGAUAAAAUGAAACCCCACGAUCCGGGAGCUGAGAAUAGUGCGUCAUUAAUAACCUCUGCUGUUGAUAGAAAUAAUGAUCAUGACGGCUAUGAUGCGCCAACUAAGUCUACUGUAACAGAGCAAACGCAGCUAUGUGAACCUAUGAUUCAUACGCGGCGAGAACAAUCUUUUCAUAGGGAUUUACAAAGGCCAGCCGUUUGGGAACAUGCUCCGAAAGACGGCGAAAACAACGAGGAACUUGAAAUAGCGCGGCAUGAAUCUCAUAAACGUCAAAUAACAGAUGCAGUAGAACCAACAGCCCGGGAUAUCGAGCACCCUUUGAAUAAGGAGCCAAGUGGAAUGGAAAACAUGUCCCAGGAACAUAGGCGCACCUCCAUGUCGACUUCAGCGCAGUUAAAAAAACGGAAGAAUGAAUCUGCUAUGCAUGAAGGAGAUGAAAGUCCAGUUAGUGAAUACGAGAGUGAUGCUCCUACAGAGCCAGCUUCUCCUCCCAAACCGAGACUUGGGAGACUAAUAAGAGGAGACCAGUUAGGCUCUCUAUCAAAUACUAGAGGAAAGCUUGCUUCGAAAAACAUACCACAUGACUCGGAUUCAGAGCUAUCUGAUUUAGCUGAUUUAAAUUCCGUACCGAUAUCAAGCAGCGUUUUCAAUGGGGAAUCUUCUCCCGUUAAAACACAUGCGAACAUGAAUUCUUCUCCUAGAAAGUCGUCAGAUCUUGUCAACUCGCAUAAGUCUCAUCAUAAGAAUUUGAAGGGUAAGAAUAAGCACCGAAAACAUGUGGCUGUUACAAAAGUUGUGAAACCUAAGAAGCGUGUUCAUAGAGAUGCGGGAGGUAGAACCAAAUUGCAAAUCGCGUGCGAUAAAGGCAAAUAUGAUGUCGUCAGAAAGUUAAUUGAAGAAGGUUAUGACGUUAAUGAUCAAGAUAAUGCAGGGAAUUCGCCCUUACAUGAGGCCGCAUUAAAUGGACAUUUUGACAUUGUGAAGCUAUUGUUGGACCAUGGCGCAAAUGUAAAUUUACAAUCAUAUGAGAUGUUUAAGGAUACGCCGUUGAUAGAUGCUUCCGCAAAUGGACAUUUAAAAGUUGUAGAGGAACUGUUAAGACGUGGUGCAGAUCCCACUUUAAUUAAUUCAAAGGGCUUAACAGCGUUCGAAUCUAUAGAAGAUGAUUCUGAUCUUGAUGAAGAAGAGAAAAAGAUUGUCAUGAAAAUAAAAUCAUUGUUGCGCAGAGCUGUGCAAAAAAACCGAAAACAUGACGGAGAUUCCAAGGCAUUUAGUCCUCGCUCUAGAGUAAGAGAUGCCCAAUCUGAAGAAGAGGAUACUUCCCAAAACACUAUUAGUUUUAAGGACGAAUUUUACUGGACAGAUAUUUCAUCCAAAGUGGGUAAAGAAAAGUUAUUUCAUGCUUCAAAAGAAGGCAGGCUUGCGUAUGUGGGUGCAUUUUUAGAAAAUGGUGGUAAUGCAGAUUUUAGGUCGUUUAUGGAAAGUGUGAAAUUCGGCCAUGAAGACAUCGCAAGUUUGUUCUUGGCCUUCGGCGCCUCCGUAAAUGGAUACAGCAAAGACGGCAUGACUCCAUUGAUGGCUGCAGUUGGCAGAGGCCAUUUUGGAACAGUAAAGCUCUUAAUUGAGGCAGGAGCAGAUCCUACGAAAUGUGAUAGGAACGGAAGGUCCGUAUUAAGCUAUGCAAAAGAUAGUCCCAUGGGACUCACAGAUGAGAAAGAAAUAUUCUUUCUGAAGGAGGCAAUUAAGAAAAGGAAAGGAUAUGUACCGGAUGAUGAAGGGGAGGGGAACUCUGAUCAUAAUGAAAAAGAAGAAUGCAUUGAAGAUGUAAAACUGAAGGAUGAACCAGAUGUGGUAGGUGACCGUGCAAACGAUUUAGUGACAGCUUCUGGGAAACGUGAUGACUUUCAGGAUAAUGAAAUAAGGCACUUCAAGAGAAUAAAAGCAGAAACCCCUACUACAGAUGAAGAUACCCUUUCAAGCACAACAGAUCGUGUUUGCGCAGAACCGCGGGGUGCCCAUUCUGACCAGGGUGAAGAUGCAGUAUUGAGAAGUCCUCGGAGAAGGGCUGCAUCUCCACUAACAAAAGGAGCAAUGGAAGACUUGGAGAACAGUUCAAAUCAAAGAGAUAAACAUGUCCCACAGUCACCAUCCAGGCUCAAGCGAAGCAUUUCAGUUACCAGUGUAGGUUCAGAUGCAGCAUCAAAAAAGAAUAAACAGGAUGGCACCCCGACACCUACAGUUACCCCACACCACGAAACAGCAGAAGAACGCGACGCUAGGAUCAAGAGCGAGGAGCUGUAUAAGAUAAGAAGAAUGGAAAACAGGCGAAAGAAGGAACAGGAGUUUUUGCAGAAACUUGCCGAUGACGAACGGAAGAGAGAAGAAGAAAGAGAACGCGCUAUUCAGGAGAGAAAGAAGCGUGAACAGGAGGAAGAGCAAAAGCUGCAGCAAAGGGAACGGGAGCUUCGCGACCAAGAAGAGGUGGAAAAAAGAAAGACUAUACGACAAAUGUACCCCUUGGGGUUAAAGCUAGUAGACUUCAUGGUUAAAGAUGACUAUCACCAUUACUUUCCAAUCCUUUACAUUGUACACGAAAAUCAACGUUACGUCUUAGAUACCCAAAUAUCCAUAAUACUUAAGGACCCAAACUUCGCAAAGCAACCCCACACAUCUCUGCCAGUCGCUUCGCAGAACCUUCCACAGCUAUGGAACGUAUACAAGUUCAUUUUCCUUCAUGGAGGUUACGGAGCAAAGACUAAAGUAGACUUCCAACAUCUUUCCUUCGAGAAACAACUCCUCUUGGAAGCACAGGAGUAUAAAAAAUUUACGUUACUUCAACUCCAUUGGGUUCUAUGGGAUGAAAUACAAUGGCCAGGGCCUGUCAUCAAAACUGCCGCAGAGAAUAAUCUGCGAGAGUUAGAACUCUUAGACCUAGAUGCAAUUCCAUCUCCGAAAAACCAAAACUUUCCCUCGCAAGAAGGACAACACUCUAACACACGCACAGUUACAACACCUGCUAGAUUCAGGUGCAGGCCAGCAGUCACCGCCUGGCUUUCUGGUGUAACUCUGUGGUGA